AUGAGUGACCUGAGCAGCGUGCUUGUCCGGCAGAGGCUCCGAGGGCAGAGCAGCCUCUGUGAGCUCCAGACCUCAGAUGUUUGUGGAAGGAAACACGGUGGGCAGCUCAUGUCGGAGGGACCGCAGGCCGGCCGCCUCACAGACUGUAAGUCAUUGUGGGAGGAGGGAGCAGAGCUGGGUGGCAGAGAGAGCGCACUCCUGGACAUUCAUCAACCUGCCGCUGAGAGCCGCCUGCCUGGAGCCAGCCUUCAGACCCCCUCCCCAGCGCACGCCGUGUCAAUGGGAACCAGUGCAGUGUAA